CCACCCGAACGAGGUUCCUUCCCUCUCGACCACGAAGCAGAAUGCCAGCCCAUCAUGAAAGAGUACCUGAAAUGCCUGCGUAGUCAUCGAGGAGUCAACGAUGACGCUUGUCGGCAGUUGAGCAAGAAUUACCUGCAGUGUAGGAUGGAGAGAAACCUCAUGGCGCCCGACUCGAUGCGGAAUCUUGGUUUCGGCGACAACGCAGAGCCGACCACCACCACUGCAGGCAAGGAUGGCAGCAGU